AUGUAUUUUUACUUUCUUGCUCUUCUUUUUUGUUUUCUUUCAUCCACUUUUUCUUUCUUUAAUCUUCUCUCGUUGUUCUUGUUUCUUUCCCGCUUUCUUGCGUUAUACACAAUUUUUAUCACAUUUUCUUUGUUUCUACAUAUUUUUCUUUUGUCCGAUGUUUUCAUUGUUUUGUUGAUUUUUCUCUAUAUAUUUUACUUUUGCUUAUUUAAUCACGUUUUCUUUUAUUUUCUGUUUCCUUCUUUUUUUAUAUGUUGUCGGUUUUGCUUUCUUCCAUUUUUCUUCCUUUUUUUGCUUUUUUCCCCUUUCUAUGUUUAUUAUUCUCUUUCAUUUAUUCUUUUUCUUCGUUUUCAUUCCUUCUUGCUUCUUUCUUGUUAUUUCUAUACAUUUUAUUUUCUAGUUUUUUGCGUCUUUGCUUUCUUUUUUCAUGAUGUUUUUGUUUCUUUUUUUCCAUGUUUUUUGUCGUAUAUACAUUCAUUCAGGCUUUCUUACACGCUUUUCUUUGUUUUUUUUUACAUUUCUAUUUGUUUUCUUUUCAUAACUUUCUUUCUUUCUGUUGUGCGUUUCCUUGGCCCUGAGAACGCACCGUUUCACUUGCUCUCCCUCGACACUCACUCGCUGAUGGCCUUCUUUACUUUGUCUCACUCCAUUGGCAAGCCUUCGUUUUCCUCGUCUUUUCAUUCCUUCUUCUUAAUCUAG